AUGAAGCUCUUGCAAGUAGCAGACUUGAAGGAACACAUGAAACAGAUAAAUAAAGAAGACAAAUGCAAUGUAUUUGAUGGAAAAUGGGUUUAUGAUCCGAAGCAAAGCCCUUUCUACCAAGGAGCCCAGUGUCCAUUUCUUAGUGACCAAGUCAGCUGCCAAAGUAAUGGAAGGGCAGAUUUCAUGUAUGAGAAAUGGAGUUGGGAGGCCAAGGGGUGUAAGAUUCCAAGGUUUAAUGGAACAGACAUGUUAGAGAGACUUAGAGGAAAGAGAGUGAUAGUAGUUGGGGACUCUCUCAACAGAAACCAGUGGGAAUCUCUAGCUUGUCUACUUUACUCAGCUCUCCCUCCCUCUCAAGCCCAAGUUGAUGUGGAAAGUGGCAUCUACAAGAUCUUCACAGCAAAGGAGUAUAACUGUUCUGUUGAGUUCUAUUGGAGCCCAUUUCUAAUGCAGCUAGAAAUUAACCAAAAGAACGGUGCUAGAAUUCUUAGGCUUGACAGAGUUGCUGACUCAGCCAAGAAGUGGGUCGGGGCAGACGUUAUGGUAUUCAACACCGGUCACUGGUGGGUGCACAAUGGAAAGAUCAAAGCGUGGGACUUGUUUCAAAAUGGGGGAAAAACGGUGGAGAAUAUGGAGAUUGAAUCAGCAUUUGAGAAGGCUAUGAAUACCUGGGCACGUUGGAUUGAUCAAAAUGUGGAUGUGACCAAAACCAGAGUCUUCUUCCGGAGCAUUUCACCAGAGCACAAGGGAAAGCUUUGGUGCUACAACAAAACCCAACCCAUCACGGACGAUUCCUAUGAAACAACAUUUCCCAGAAAAAUUAUAGAAGCCAUUGAGAGAACAAUGCAGCGCAUGAAGACCCCGGUGACAUACCUGAACAUUACGAAGCUGUCUCAGUAUCGAAGAGAUGCACACCCAAUGAUUUACAAGACAAAGCAAUGGAAGCAGUUAGCCAUGCAACAAAGACGACCAGAGUCCUCUGCUGAUUGCAGCCACUGGUGUCUGCCUGGCCUGCCAGAUACCUGGAAUAGGCUAUUGUAUGCUUCAUUGCUCUUGGACACUUCCGAAGUCAUUCUUAGCUCAUAA